AUGUCUUCUUCAACAGAUUAUAAAGCAUCUUCAUCUGAGUUCUCUAUGACAGAUUUGGGUUCUUUAAACUAUUUUGUUGGUAUUUCGGUUACUCGCGAUAGUCACGACAUGUUUCUUUCUCAACGAAAUUAUGCCCAUGAGAUUCAGGAACGAGCAAACAUGUUUAACUACAAACCUGCUCGAACACCGGCAGACACUUCUGCCAAAUUUGAUGGCACAGGACCUCCUGUAUCCGACCCUACUCUUUAUCGCAGCCAGGCAAGAGUUUUGCAAUAUUUAACCUUCACAUGCGCCGAUAUCACAUAUGUUGUUCAGCAAGUUUGUUUGUUUAUGCAUGAUCCACGAGAGCCCCACUUCUCGUCUCUCAAACGCAUUCUUCGUUAUGUUCGAGGGACUAUGGAUCAUGGUUUAUAG